GCCAGCCAGCCAGCCAGCCAGCCAGUGCCAGUGUCACAAAAGCAGUCAAACAAUCAUGACUGACGAAAGCAACAUCGUUCGGGGACCAGCAGCACCCGAAGAUCUGACGCUUGGUACCCGCUCGCUUGGGGAACUGUUUCUCCAGGUGUUCCGACAGUCCCCGACCAGCGUGGCCAUCAUCGAUGGUGUGACGGGGCGCGAGCACACGUACGGUGAGCUGCUGGAGCAGUCGCUUCAUCUUGCCGCCUACCUACACGAUCACGGUAUCCAGCCGGGCGAUGUGGUGGCAAUCGUGUCGGAGAACCGGGUCGAGUAUCCGAUUACGAUCGUGGCCCUCUUCCUGAUCGGUGCCUCGGCCGCACUCCUAAAUCCCGGCUACACCUCCCGUGAACUAACGCAUGCGCUCACCAUUACCCAACCGAAACUGGUGUUUGUAUCGGCCCAAGCCCGUGGCGCUCUGUAUCGUGCCUGUCGCUCCAUCACGCACUUUACCCGAAUCAUCAACUACGAUGCGUACGAUCGGAGCACCACUUACACCGACUGCCUACAACGAUCUACACGCUCGUUCGAUGCACCAUCGUUCAUGCCCAGCGCGGUCACUGACCUGGCUGGUGCAGUAGCGGUCAUCGUCAUGUCAUCCGGGACAACCGGUUUACCGAAGGGUGUGCUCAUUUCGCAGGCCAACAUUAUGGCAACGUUUGCCAACUUUCGCUACUCGGUACAGAAACAGGGGCCCGGAUUUCGUAGCUUUGUCGAGAUACUGCCCUGGUACCAUGUGGCCGGCGGUAUCCUGAUGCUGUGCGUCCUGAGCGUUAACCUGCGGAGUGUCGUGCUGGCCAAGUUUGAACCGCGCACGUACCUACGCUGCGUCGAACGGUAUCGGCCGACGGUGAUGAACAUCGUGCCUCCGAUCGCCGUCUUUCUGGCCAAACACCCGAUGGUGGACGAGUACGAUCUGUCGUCGGUUGAGAUGAUCACCAGUGGUGCGGCCCCACUGAGCAAAGAGGUGGAAGAGCUGGUGUACGCCAGGCUGAAAACCCCUGGGCUACGCAUCCGGCAGGGUUACGGGAUGAGUGAAACGACGCAAGCGAUCACGUUCUACGAUUCCGAAAAGCCGAAGCCCGGCACAAUCGGUGGCUUGCGGCCGGGGCAGCUGGCUAAGGUGAUCGAUCUGGACACGGGCCGUGCGCUUGGACCGAACGAGCGCGGUGAGCUGUGCUUCAAGGGUUCGCUCAUCAUGAAGGGUUACAUCGGUGCCGCAUCACCGAUCGAUGCCGACGGGUGGCUCCAUACCGGGGACAUCGGGUACUACGACGAUGAUCGCGAUUUUUUCAUCGUCGAUCGGCUGAAGGAGCUGAUCAAGUACAAGGCCUUCCAGGUGCCACCGGCCGAACUGGAAGCCGUGCUGCUCAACCACCCGGAGGUGAAGGAUGCGGCCGUCAUCGGGGUACCGGACGAGCGGGCCGGUGAGCUACCGAGGGCGUACGUGGUACGUAAGGAUGAUUCGAACGUUACGCCGCAGGCACUGAUCGCGUACGUGGAGCAGAAGGUAUCGCCCGAGAAGCGACUCCGCGGAGGAUUGCAAUUUAUCGGUGAAAUCCCCAAAACGGCCAGCGGUAAAAUAUUGCGCCGUACGCUGCGGGAUCUCGCUGCUGGCAAUCAAUCGAAGCUGUAGUGUAGCGGUGUGGUAUCAGGAAUAGAGAUUUUACAAUACAAUACAGUGAUGAGCAG